UACGACGAGGUGACCGCCUUCCUGGGCGAAUGGGGCCUCUUCCAGCGCCUCAUCUUCUUCCUACUCAGCGCCAGCAUCAUCCCCAAUGGCUUCACUGGUUUGUCAGCCGUGUUCCUGACUGCGAGCCCUGAGUACCGUUGCCUGGUACCGGACACCGUGAACCUGAGCAGCGCGUGGCGCAACCACAGCAUCCCGUUGGAGACGAAGGACGGACGACAGGUGCCCCAGAAGUGCCGCCGCUACCGACUGGACACCAUCGCCAACUUCUCCGCUUUGGGGCUGGAACCGGGAGUGGAUGUGGACCUGGAACAGCUGGAGCAGGAGAGCUGCCUGGAUGGCUGGGAGUACAGCAAGGAAAUCUUCCUUUCCACCAUUGUGACCGAGUGGGACCUGGUGUGUCAGAAUGACUGGAAAGCCCCAUUUACCACCUCCUGCUUUUAUGUGGGUGUGCUGUUGGGCUCCUUCAUUUCAGGACAGCUCUCAGACAGGUUUGGUCGGAAGAAUGUGCUGUUUUUGACCAUCGGCAUACACACUGGAUGCAGCUUCCUGCAGGUCUUCUCUGUGAGCUACGAGAUGUUUACUGCGCUCUUUACCCUUGUUGGAUUGGGUCAUAUAUCCAACUACGUGGCAGCAUUUGUCCUGGGAACAGAAAUUCUUUCCAAGUCAAUUCGAAUUAUAUUCGCUACCUUAGGAGUGUGCAUAUUUUUUGCAUUUGGCUUCAUGGUGCUGCCUCUGUUUGCAUACUUCAUCAGAGACUGGAGGAUGCUGCAGCUGGCAAUCACUAUGCCAGGGGUGCUGUGUGCGGCUCUCUGGUGGUUUAUUCCUGAAUCCCCCCGAUGGCUCGUCUCUCAAGGCCGAAUUAAAGAGGCAGAGGUGAUCAUCCGCAGAGCUGCCAAAACCAAUGGGAUUGUUGCACCUUCCACUAUCUUUGAUCAAGAGGAAGACCAAAAUCCCAAGAAGGCUCAGUCACACCACAUUUUUGAUCUGAUCCGAACCGGGAAUAUCAGGAUCCUCACCAUCAUGUCUAUAAUCCUGUGGCUGACCAUAUCAGUGGGCUAUUUUGGACUUUCUCUUGCCACUCCUACCUUGAAUGGGAACAUCUACCUGAACUGCUUCCUUUCAGCAGCUGUUGAAGUCCCAGCCUAUGUGCUGGCCUGGCUGUUGCUGCAGCAUGUGACCAGGCGCUAUUCCAUGGCUGGUUCACUUUUCCUGGGUGGCAGUGUCCUUGUCUUACUGCCGCUGGUGCCUUCAGAUUAUAACUUCGUGUCCAUUGGCCUGGUGAUGCUGGAGAAAUUUGGGGUCACCUCUGCCUACUCCAUGCUGUACGUUUUCACUGCAGAGCUCUACCCAACCCUGGUCAGGAACAUGGCUGUGGGCAUCACCUCCAUGGCUUCUAGGGUGGGCAGCAUCAUCGCUCCCUACUUUGUUUACCUGGGUGCCUAUAACAGACUCCUGCCCUACAUUGUCAUGGGCAGUCUGACUGUCCUGAUUGGAAUCAUCACGCUUUUUUUCCCUGAAAGUUUUGGAGUGGCUCUACCAAACAACUUGGAGAAGCUGCAGAAAGUGAGAGGGUUCAGAUAUGGGAAAAAAUCAACUGCCUCUGUGGACAGAGAAGACCCUAAGGUUCUAAUCACUGCAUUCUAA